CUAUUUGCUGUGAAAGUGCGCCCCCGUGUAGCCUUUGUCCUGGAACUGCACCCUGCUGUUUCUGUUUAGAGUCCUAAAACAAGUUCCGCCAACCUGCUGUAAUAAACCAUCCUGUCAUCUCCACCCUGACAUUCACUUCUUAAUAUUCUUCUUCCUGUAUAACGUUAACUCUUCAACAAAGUCCCAGUGAGCCACAGAGUUUCUCUGAGCUCUUCCUCCACCUUCCCCUUGACAGAUUUCCACUGUCAUCCUUUUAAACGGCUCAGCGUGCCUAAUCCUGACGACUGACCACCGAGGAUAUGGGGACACGUUUGUCGUAAUAUUUCUAGCCUUUAUGUGCCUUCAUAGAUUAAGAAGGAAAAAAAUAGAAUAUAUUACAGUUUACAUUUACUGGAGUGAGAAAUUAACAGAAAGCAGCUUUAAUUGGAUUUGCAGGCUGCAGGCAGGCGGUGAGCAGGAUGGCCCUGUAGCCUCUUCUGAGCUGUACCGACACGCUGCAUAUGGAUAUGAAGAGAAGACAGGCUGCAGGUGGUGCUUCCUUCAAAAACUCUCUCUGGAAAGUUUUGCAUCUGUGAUCCAUCACGCAUCGCAGAUUAACUGAGGAGUUGAUGGUGGGAUCUGUUUUGUGGCGUUAAACUGCGGACAUGGAUGGGGCAAAGAAAGAUGCUCCCCCUGGGGGCGAUGCAGGCAAGUCAGACACCCUCGGGUCAACUGGCUCCUCCAGAAAACGAGGUGGGGGGGCCAAGAAGGCGAUGCAGGCGAACAAGUCUGCACUGCGGGCCCCCCGAGCUCUCUGCUGCCUCACCCUCAGCAACCCCAUCCGUAUGGCUGCACUGGCCCUAGUGGAGUGGAAGCCCUUUGAUAUUUUCAUUCUACUUGCCAUUUUUGCCAACUGUGUAGCCAUGGGUGUAACCAAGCCAUACCCAGACGAUGACUCUAACGCUACCAAUCACCAACUGGAACAAGUUGAAUACGUCUUCCUCGUCAUCUUCACCAUCGAGACCUUCACUAAAAUUCUUGCCUACGGUUUGGUCAUGCACCCCAGCGCCUACAUACGCAGCGGAUGGAACUUGCUCGAUUUCAUUAUCGUCAUCGUCGGGUUGUUCAGUGUCAUAGCAGAGGCCAUGACAGAUCAUAAGCCAGGAGAGGCCCAUCAUGCUGCAGGAAAACCUGGAGGCCUGGAUGUCAAAGCGCUCAGAGCGUUCAGGGUGUUGCGACCACUUCGACUUGUAUCUGGUGUACCAAGCUUACAGAUUGUGUUGAACUCCAUCAUGAAAGCCAUGGUGCCCCUUCUCCACAUCGGUAUGUUGGUCAUGUUCGUCAUCAUCAUCUACGCCAUCAUCGGCUUGGAGCUCUUCAUCGGCAGGAUGCACAAGACGUGUCACUUCACCACCACAGGUCUCAUAGUGGAGGACGACCCCUCACCCUGUGCUUUUGCCGGUUCCGGUCGCUUUUGCGUGGACAACGGGACUGAGUGCAGGGGCAAGUGGGAGGGUCCCAACGGCGGCAUCACAAACUUUGACAACAUCUUCUUUGCCAUUCUGACAGUUUUCCAGUGCAUCACGAUGGAGGGCUGGACAGAUGUUCUCUACUGGAUGAAUGACGCCAUUGGUUUUGAAAUUCCAUGGGUUUACUUUGUGUCUCUCGUCAUCUUUGGAUCGUUUUUCAUCAUCAAUCUUGUAUUGGGUGUGUUGAGCGGAGAGUUCUCCAAAGAAAGAGAAAAGGCUGUGGCACGUGGCGAGCUGCAGAAGGCGCAGGAGAGCAAACAGAUGGAGGAAGACAUGAUUGGCUACAUGGACUGGCUCAUAGAGGCUGAGGAUGUGGACGAGGAAGGAAACAAACGUGCUGCGAUUGCAAAGAAAAAGAUGAUGAAGAAGUUUGGCUGGUACAAACACAGUGAGGAUGGUGGAGCCGAGUCAGACUCAGAUGAUGACAUAGCUUACCUCGACGAUGACAGUGGCUUCUGUGCAUCCCUCAUGGCAAAGAUGAUGGCUAAUAGCUUCUGUGACCAGUUGUGUCAGCUGAAUCACAAUUUUAGGAAGAACUGCCGUGUUGCUGUUAAAACCACAAACUUUUACUGGUUGGUUCUCCUGCUGGUGUUCCUCAACACUGUGGCCAGUGCUUCUGAGCAUUACGGACAGCCAAAGUGGCUCACAGAAAUGCAAGAGCGAGCCAACAAGAUCCUGUUGCUGCUGUUCACUCUGGAGAUGCUGAUGAAGAUGUACGCCUUUGGUCUGCAGAUCUAUUUUAUGGCGCUUUUCAACCGUUUCGAUUGCUUUGUGGUGUGCGGCGGCAUCCUGGAGACUAUGCUUGUCGAGAUGGAUGCCAUCCCGCCCAUCGGCAUCUCUGUGCUGCGGUGCAUCCGACUGCUCAGGAUAUUUAAAAUGACUCGACACUGGGCUGCUUUGUCGGACCUGGUCAACUCACUACUUAACUCUAUGAAAGCUAUUCUCUCCCUUCUUCUCCUGCUCUUCCUCUUCCUCAUCAUCUUUGCCUUGCUGGGAAUGCAGUUGUUUGGAGGCAAAUUCAACUUUGAUGAGAUGCAGAUGAAGAGAAGCACCUUUGAUUCGUUUCCUCAGGCUCUGCUCACCUGUUUCCAGAUUCUCACUGGAGAGGACUGGAAUGCCGUGAUGUACGACGGCAUCAUGGCCUAUGGAGGACCCAUCUUCCCCAACAUGGUGGUGUGCAUGUACUUUGUCAUCCUUUUUGUCUGUGGCAACUACAUUCUGCUCAACGUCUUCUUGGCUAUCGCUGUGGACAACUUGGCAGGAGGUGGCGGGAAGAAAGACGUGGAAGAGAAAAAGGAAGAAGAGGAAGAGUGGGACGAUGAUGAAGAGAAAGAGGAUGAAGACACAGGGAAUGAUGAGGACGACUGGCAGGAAAAUGAGGAGCUGAGAGCCAUUGAAGGACUUGAAGGAGUGGCUCCAUUAAAGCCAGAUUUCUCAGGGCCCAAAGAGAAGAUCGUGCCGAUUCCUGACGGAAGCUCAUUCUUCAUUCUUGGAAAGAAAAACUGUUUGCGAGUUGCCUGCCACAACCUCAUCCAUCACCCCUACUUCACCAACUUCAUCCUCAUCUUCAUCAUCUUCAGUAGUAUUUCCCUGGCUGCUGAGGAUCCAAUCAAAUCCCACUCAUUCAGAAAUAUUGUGCUCGGUUAUGCCGAUUAUGUGUUCACAUCCGUUUUCACGGUGGAGAUUGUACUAAAGAUGACAGUGUACGGAGCUUUUCUGCACACCGGCUCCUUCUGUAGAAACGCCUUCAACCUCCUCGACCUGCUGGUUGUCAGUGUGUCGUUAAUGUCUUUCUUCCUGCAUUCAAGUGCAAUCUCUGUGGUGAAGAUUCUCCGCGUGCUCCGUGUGCUCAGGCCUCUUCGAGCCAUCAACAGAGCUAAAGGCCUCAAGAAUGUGGUGCAGUGUGUGUUUGUGGCGAUCCGCACCAUCGGUAACAUCCUGAUCGUCACAACGCUCCUUCAGUUCAUGUUUGCGUGUAUUGGAGUUCAGCUCUUCAAGGGCAGAUUCUACAGCUGCACAGAUGAAGCCAAACACACUCCAGACGAGUGCAAAGGAACAUAUGUCGUCUAUAAAGACGGGGACAUGAACCACCCCAUGGUGAGAGAGAGGAUUUGGCAAAACAGCGACUUUAACUUUGACAAUGUGCUGAACGGCAUGUUGGCUUUAUUCACCGUGUCGACGUUUGAAGGCUGGCCACUGCUCCUUUACCGGGCUGUGGAUGCCAAUGCCAUAAACCGUGGACCCAUUUACAACUACCGAGUAGAAAUCUCCAUCUUUUUCAUCAUCUACAUCAUCAUCAUCGCCUUCUUCAUGAUGAACAUUUUUGUGGGUUUCGUCAUCAUCACGUUCCGAGAGCAGGGAGAGGCCGAGUUUAAAAACUGUGAACUCAACAAAAAUCAACGCCAGUGUGUGUACUACGCACUGAAAGCUCAACCCAUAAAGAUUUACAUUCCCAAAAACCCAUCACAGCUCAAAUUCUGGAGAAUUAUCAACUCCAGCCAGUUUGAAUAUGUGAUGUUUGUGCUAAUUCUGGGAAACACUCUCACUCUGGCUAUUCAGCAUUACGAGCAGUCUAAGAAUUUUACCUCCGUCAUGGACAUCCUCAACAUGAUCUUCACUGUGGUUUUCACCAUAGAGAUGAUCAUCAAGUUGCUGGCUCUGCGGGUUCAUCAUUACUUCAUCGACCCGUGGAAUUCAUUUGACGCUUUGAUUGUCGUGGGGAGCGUGUUAGACAUCGCAGUCUCAGAAUUCAGUGGAGGAGGUCAUGGCGAGGGUAAAGGAGAAAGUGGGAAAGUGUCCAUUACGUUCUUCCGACUGUUCCGAGUCCUGAGGUUGGUCAAACUGCUCAGUAAAGGAGAAGGUAUUCGAACGCUUCUCUGGACUUUUGUCAAGUCCCUCCAGGCUCUGCCUUAUGUCGGUCUGCUCAUCGCCAUGAUCUUUUUCAUUUAUGCUGUGAUUGGUAUGCAGACAUUUGGGAGAGUAGCUGUUGAUGACAACACAGAAAUCAACAGAAACUGCAACUUCCAGACUUUCUUCAUGGCUGUUCUGGUGCUUUUCAGGUGUGCGACUGGAGAACAGUGGCAGGAGAUCAUGUUGGCAGCUCUGCCUGGAAGACGCUGUGACCCAGAGGCUGACAUUGAACCCGGAGAGGAGUACUCCUGUGGAAGCAACUUGUCCUACGUCUACUUCAUCAGCUUCUUCAUGCUCUGUGCUUACCUGAUUAUCAACUUGUUCAUCGCUGUCAUCAUGGACAACUUUGAAUACCUGACACGAGACUGGACUGUGCUGGGCACCCACCACCUGGACGAGUUCAAGAGAGUUUGGUCCGACUACGAUCCAGAAGCCACCGGCCGUAUUAAGCACAUUGACGUCGUCACGAUGUUGCGAAGGAUUCAGCCACCUCUCGGUUUUGGAAAACUAUGUCCUCAUCGUGUUGCUUGCAAAAGGCUUGUUUCCAUGAAUGUCCCUCUGCACGGUGAUGGGACAGUCACCUUCAACGCUACUCUAUUUGCUCUGGUGCGAACCUCGCUGAAGAUCAAGACUGAAGGUGCCAUAGACAAGCAGAAUGAAGAGCUAAAGCUGAUAAUUAAGAAGCUUUGGAAGCACACUAAGCCCAAGCUCAUCGAUGAAGUCAUUCCUCCCCCUAGAGGUGAUGAGGUGACAUGUGGGAAGGUUUACGCCAGUUUCUUGAUCCAGGACUAUUUCAAAAAGUUCCGCAAACGAAAGGAAAGGGAGAGGAAAUCCAAAAGGAAGGACAAGAUGGCUUCUCUCCAGCAAGGGCUGCGGACGCUGCAGGACCUGGCUCCAGAGAUGCGUCUGGCACUCGCCAAUGACCUGGACGAAGAGGAAGGCGCAGAAACAUGUGAUGAGGUUUUCGACAGUGGGCCUGGGACCUCGGUGACCACCACGCCCGCCAGCACGCCAAUGCCACCCAUAGAGAUGCUGGUGGAACAGACGAGUGUGAUCGUCGAGCCAGAGCCCAAAAAAUUCAACAUGGGCGUGAUCACAGAGCAGGUCAUGGGUCGACAAGAGCACCAGAGACCAGGAUCAGAACUGGAAGCUGCAAGUGUUGUCAUAAAGCAGCCUGUCAGGUCCAAGCCCCUGCCCACCAGGGUGAACAGGGUGGACUCCCUCAGUGAGGUACCUGCUACUCCUCCUCCUCCUCCUCCUCCUCCACCACCACCUCCCCCAGAGACUCUGACAGCUGAAGAACCUGUGAUGGCAGCUACAAGUGGAGCAGCCGAGCAGGUGUAUAUUGGUGAAGGUGAUGCUUUGGGUCUGGCAUCAGUCGACAGAUACGUGUAUCCAGAAGCUGUCUCUCCUGUACCGACUGAGACAGGCUACAAUGGACAGAGUUUGGAAAGAGCGAACAGCAUCGGGGAAAUACCUUAUGACACUUACGAUGUGAAUGACUUCAACGGUUACAGUGACACAAACGUGAAUGGAGGGAGUGUCGCCACAAGCCCCACCCCCUAUUCCACAAACGGAUAUAACGGGAGCGACUAUGGCGGCUACAGUGAUUACAACGGCAGCGUCAUCAGCGCCAACGGUAACGGAAGUGCAGUGAAUGGCUGCAAUGAUAAUGGCAGCAGCGUGAGAGGUUACGCUGGGAAUGACUACAGUGCAAAUGAAAACGGCGGCUCACAGUUUGUCAGGAGGCGGCUCCUUCCUGCCAUACCCAGAGGCCGUAAACCUACCUUCAACUUCCAGUGUUUGAGACCUCAGAGCAGUGUGGACGACGUCCCCAUCCCAGGAAACUACUGUGGGAACUCAUCACCAUCCAGAUCCCGUCUACAGGCGCAGCACAGCCUGGACUCUCGGCCCAGCAGUGUGUCCUCCAUGUCAUCCGUCUCCUGGACACACACAGCAGCAGCUGGCACCACUCCCGUACCGGGAAUAAUUGCCCCCUCGGGGCGCAGGGGCAAGCUCAUCUACACUCCUAUGAUCCUGGUGGACGAAGCCGCCGGCACCAGCCAGCCACUGUGGGCCGACGGCUCUGCCAGCCUCCCUGCGGGAAGCCGUCCUGGAUGGUACCCGGGUCAGGCCAGGAACUUCAGCAGCAUGAGGAUGCCACCAGUCAACCAGGGCUUCGUGAACAAAGGCAGCGCAGACAGUCUGGUUGAGUCGAUCUUGAUCUCCGAGGGUCUGGGUAUCUAUGCCAGGGACCCGAAGUUUGUGAGUUUCGCCAAGAAGGAGAUUGCUGACGCCUGUCACAUGAGCCUGGACGAAAUAGAGAGUGCCGCCACUGACCUGAUAGUACGUGGAGCCAGCCAGUCCAUCUCUCGCUUUGAGGAGGACCUCGCCGACGAGAUGAACUGCGUGAUUUCUUACUGAGAUCAGCUCAACAGAUAGAAACUGUAUGUUUUUGUCCUGUUUGGAGAAAAAGAAAUGAUGUGCUUUUGUUUGUGAAUGCCAAAACACAAAUGCACUUAUUCUAAGAGCAUGUCAGCAUGUGGCAGGACUCAGCAAGGUUUCCCGUGAGCACCAUGACUGCGGUGUUUUGCAGAAGAGCCUGCUGUAAAAUGACAAACCAUCAUCACUGUAACACAUUGUAUUUUUUUUCCUUUUGUACCUUUUGUCAUUGUCACUUCAAACAAGUAGUUUUUUUUCAGAUGUAAUCCUAGCACCAGCCUGUAAAGUCAGAUUAUCUUCUAAUAUUUAUUAGAUCGAUAACAACUUUACACUUUGUUACAAUGAUGAGUCUGUGAGUGCCCAAUUGCAUUAGCUAUUUGAGAGAAACAUUCUAUUAUGAUUUACUGAAUAUCCCCUAAUAUUAAGCACAGCAAAAAAUAAUGUAUAUAUAUAUAUCUUUUUGUCUAAUGAGGUGUUGUAUCCAUUAUGUAUAAAUAAAACAGGUUUUCUCUAA